AUGUUAAUCCAGGCACUGAAGACAUUUCACCCACCUAAGACAGGGUUGAUGAGGAUGGGUCAGCUGGUAAAGGCACAGGGUACCAAACCCAAUGAUCUGAGAUCAGUCUCCAGGAUCCAUGUGGUAGAACAAGCGGGGGCUUCAGUGUCCGGUUCCUUUGGAACAGGAACUCAUGUGAAGCUCCCAGGACCAGCACCUGACAAGCCCAAUGUUUAUGACUUCAAAACCACAUAUGACCAGAUGAACAAUGAUCUCCUCAGGAAAGACAAAGAACUCUAUACACAGAAUGGAAUUUUGCAUAUGCUGGACAGAAACAAAAGGAUCAAGCCCCGGCCAGAAAGGUUCCAGAACUGCAAGGACCUGUUUGACCUGAUCCUCACUUGUGAAGAGCGAGUCUAUGACCAGGUUGUAGAAGAUCUGAAUUCCAGAGAACAGGAGACCUGCCAGCCAGUGCAUGUGGUCAACGUGGACAUCCAGGACAACCAUGAAGAGGCCACCCUAGGGGCUUUCCUUAUCUGCGAGCUCUGCCAGUGUAUCCAGCACACUGAGGAUAUGGAGAACGAGAUCGAUGAGCUGCUGCAGGAGUUUGAGGAGAAGAGUGGCCGGGCCUUUCUGCACACUGUCUGCUUCUACUGAGCCACUCUCUCGUGGACCGUGCACGUCCUGACUUGCACAGCCGCUUUUGGAGCCACUUUUUCAAUGUGUUUUCUCUUCUGAUAUUUGUUUAUACUGCUAGGUGUACGUCGCCAAUGUACUGUACAUAUGGAAUGAGAAGUACACAGAAAUGCCAGAUUGAAAUCCAUUGUUUUUAACCAAAAAAAAAUAAAAAAAUAAAGACGGUUUACUGUACAGCCUA